AGCUCACAUAAAGGAGGAGCAAAGAGAGCAGGAAGUGAGGAGAGCAGAAGUGAGCCUGAGGAGGCAGCAGCAGCUGAGAACUGCACUUGGACCUGUGCUGUGGGACCAGAUUCAUCUACGUUGGCAGGUUGCUAUGACCCAACCACAAAUGGCUCCCAUUUGUCUUGUGGAAAACCACAAUGAACAUCUGUCCGUGAACCAUGAAGCCAUAGAGAUUCUGGAGAAGAUUUCUCAGCCAGUGGUAGUCGUGGCUAUUGUUGGAUUGUACCGUACAGGGAAGUCCUAUUUGAUGAACCGUCUGGCAGGACAGAAUCACGGUUUCCCUCUGGGCUCCACUGUGCAGUCUCAGACCAAGGGCAUCUGGAUGUGGUGCAUGCCACACCCCACUAAACCAGAGCACACCCUGGUCCUCCUGGACACCGAGGGCCUGGGGGAUGUGGAAAAGGGUGAUCCUAAGAACGACUUGUGGAUCUUUGCCCUCAGUGUGCUUCUGAGCAGCACCUUCAUCUACAACAGCAUGAACACCAUCAGCCAUGAUUCCCUGGAGAAACUACAUUAUGUCACAGAACUCACUGAGCUGAUCAGAGCAAAGUCUUCACCAAAUCCUGAUGGAAUAAAGAAUUCCACAGAGUUUGUGAGUUUCUUUCCAGACUUUGUCUGGACUGUUCGGGAUUUCAUGCUAGAGCUGAAGUUAAAUGGGGAAGACAUCACAAGUGAUGAGUACCUGGAGAAUGCCCUGAAGCUGAUCCCAGGUUACAAUCCCAGAGUGCAAGCAUCCAAUUCAGCCAGGGAAUGCAUCAGAUGUUUCUUUCCUAACCGGAAAUCGUGUUUUGUCUUUGACCGGCCAACUCAUGACAGAGAACUCUUACAAAAACUUGAGACUAUUUCAGAAGACCAACUGGAUCUUAAGUUCCGGGAAGAAACAAACGCUUUUGUUUCUUACAUCUUCAAUUAUGCCAAGAUUAAGACCCUCAAAGAGGGAAUUAAGGUCACUGGGAAUGGAUUGGGGAUUCUAGUGACAACCUAUGUAGAUGCCAUCAACAGUGGAGCAGUGCCUUGUGUGGAUGAUGCUGUGACAACUCUGGCCCAGCGUGAGAACUCAGUAGCUGUGCAGAGGGCAGCUGACCACUACAGUGAGCAGAUGGUCCAGCGACUGAGCCUUCCCACAGACACGCUCCAGGAGCUGCUGGAUGUGCAUGCAGCCUGCGAGAAGGAAGCCAUGGCUGUCUUCAUGGAGCAUUCCUUCAAGGACGAAAAUCAGCAAUUCCUGAAGAAGCUGGUGGAAUUAAUAGGUGAGGCGAAAGUGCUUUUCCUGUUGAAGAAUGAAGAGGCAUCUGAUAAAUACUGCCAGGAAGAACUGGAUCGACUUUCAAAGGAUUUGAUGGACAAUAUCUCAACAUUUUCUGUUCCUGGGGGACACAGGCUCUACAUGGACAUGAGAGAGAAGAUUGAGCAUGAUUACUGGCAAGUUCCCAGGAAAGGGGUGAAGGCAAGAGAAGUCUUCCAGAGCUUUCUUCAGUCGCAGGCCAUCAUUGAGAGUUCCAUCCUGCAGGCAGACACAGCCCUCACUGCUGGGCAGAAGGCCAUUGCAGAGGAGCGCACCAAGAAGGAGGCAGCUGAGAAGGAGCAGGAUCUGCUAAGACAGAAGCAGAAGGAGCAGCAGGAGUAUAUGGAGGCUCAAGAGAAAAGGAACAAGGAAAACAUAGAGCAACUGAGAAGGAAGCUGGAGCAGGAGAGAGAGCAGCUCAUCAAAGACCAUAACAUGAUGGUGGAGAAGAAGCUGAAGGAACAAAAGGCUUUGCUUGAGGAAGGAUUUAAGAAGAAAGCUGAAGAAAUGGACGGAGAGAUACAGCAACUGAAACAUAACAUCGAGGAUAUGAAAAAAAAACAGUGGUUCCAUUUUCGAUACUAUUAUAAGAGAAGUUGCUUCAUUUAUUUUUUCUCCCAUUUCAAUGAUUGAAAAGGGUAUAAGGUCCCUUUUUUAGUAAAAAUGAUAGACUGUGAUAUACACUUUGUGUUACUUUGACGCUGCCUGUUUUCCAUUUUCACUCCGCAGAGAAGUUUAAACAUAAAAAGUGCUGAUUAGAGGGCAUCUGUGCCCCACACAGAAGACAUAGAACAGCUCCUACAUGUCUGCACAGACAAUGCUUGCCUUUAGAGAACAUAUUUUGAAACCAUUCCUAUGAAAGCUAUGCAUUUAGUCAUCAGAUGUGAUCACUGCUGGCCAAUUUAACUACAUAUAGAAUCUGCAUAUAGAAUCUGUACUCCUAUGAGGACCAUGUAGCCCAGGAUAGGUUGUACGGGAUUCUCUCAGGUUAAUAUGGUAGGAAACCCAUCCUAAGUGUGGGCAGCACCAUUCCUGUGGACUGAAGACACAGUAGAAAGAUGAAAGCAAUCUCCCUACCACUUGUGGCUUCAACUGUGGAUGCCAUACAACAAGCCAGCCUUGACUUCUCUCAGAAUGCAUUAUCCAGCCUUGACCGAAUGUAUCAUCAUGAUACAUGGAGCUCAACAAACCAUUCAUUAAGUUGGUUUUGUGAGGGUAUUUCAUCACAGCAAGAGGAAAAGUCACUGAUAUCAUAAUAGUGAUAAUCCUGGAAACUACUUAAUCAUCCCUGAGUUAGAUUGGCAAUAAAUUUUAAUAUGACUUGUUCUUGGAGUACUGUAUAGUCAAGAAACAAAUGUCAGUCAAACUAUCUGUAUAGUGAUCUAAAUUGAGCUAAAAUAUAUCUUAAAAAUAAAGUCAAAACACUAUACAACUGUGUGAUUAUUAUUAGAAAUGCUACUAUGCCAUGCAAACAUACAAGAACACAAAUGAAAUGCCCUCUGAAAGAUUAAUAAAAAGCCCGAUCUACUGGCUUCAUCUAGGGAGAAUAAGUUGGAAUCAAAAGUUGAAGGUGUGCAUGCAUUCCAGGACAUCUCAGUCUUACAUGUUUCAUGAAGAGUGCCAGAAAAGGGAAUUUAAAAGUUAAGAUAGUGACAGUAAAUUAAAACUCACCACUGCACGAUGAAAUCUCUGCUUCUAGGAAUGGGAGAAGCCAAGAGAAGUCACCCCAAGACCAAGACUUGAGUACCAGGAAGCAUAACAUUUGUAGCUUGAAGUUGUUUUCCUUUGAGGCUUUCCUAUUUUAAAAAUAAUUGAAAUAAUGCUUUUUAUGUAAACCAAUAUAUCACAAUAUUAUUUCCAGAAGCAGGCAAUACAAUUUAUGCAUAGCUUAUAAGAGAAUCCAUGGGGCACAUGGGAGGUGGACAGCUCAGAGAUGGCUCAGGGUCAAGAAUGCAGAAUGCUCAUCCAGGGUAGCUCAGUUCCAGGGGCAGGUAAAAACUACCUGUAAAUCUAAUUCCAAGGGAUGUGACUUCCUUUUCUCAAACUCAAGGUCCCCUGGUACUUCCAUCACAUGUCCCCAGCUUACACAUAUACAUACUUACAAGUAAGAUUUAAAGGAAUAUACUGUUAACAUUGAUAAUGGACCAUAUGAGUAAAGAGACACAAGGACCCUUAUUAGUGCACUAAUGAAUAUAAUGUAAUUAGAGUGUACACACCCCCAGCUACUCUAAGUCAUCCUCCAGUUCCCUUCCCACCUUCAUGUCUUCUCAUCCUGCACCUCUUCCUCUUUCUUUUUACUCUGAAUAAAUUAAUGCUGGCCUCAUGUCCCUGACAUUAGACACCAUCUACCAGACCAUGGACAAUUUAUUAUGACCCACACCCCCAUAGAAAACCCAUUCUCCCUUUCCCAGUCACCAGAUAUCAACUGCUAGUAGUUCCUCAGCUAGGGUUGGGGUCUCAAGAGCUCACUGCUUCUCCAUACUGGAUGUUGACUGGCUUGAUCGUGUGUAUCUUGUUCCAACAAUCAUAACUACUGUCAUAGCCCCGUCAUAUCCAAAAAAAAUAUUAUUUUAGAACAAUAUGAUCUGUUUUUAAAAGUACUUAAAUUUAUUACUUCAAAAUUAAAGUAUAGACAUUCCUAUGAUUUCUGGAAUCUUGGAGAAGCUUAAUUCCUCUCUCUUCAUCUCUUGUAAGAUGGGAGGUUCAAAAGGAUGAACUGUGUAAAGGAGAAAUCUUGGUGCUGUUUUAUUGGGAGCCAUUUUGUUUGCUUCUGCCUGCCAGGCACAGUCAAGGCAGGUCAGGGUCUGCUAUCAGAUUUCCUGGCCUGCUGACUCAUGGAACAAUAAGAGGAAAUACACUUGAGUUUCAAGUCAAGGGGUUGAACAUUCUAUGAAUCUUGGUGUAAGAAACAGGGAAGUCUCUGGAUGGGAACAGAUGUCCUGUGUGUACAUCACCCAUUGUUUCUGCUACCUUGUGACUUUGUUUCCCAUGGUACUAAGGAAUAUAAGAAGGCUAAUAAAAUAAACUCGAGGCUGAUGUCGUAUUCACCCGCAGCCUUCCCAAUUCUAA